AUGGAACAAAUAGAUCUGGAUGUAACAACGGCACCACAACAAAUGAAGCUACUUUUUACGUUAAUACUGGAAGAGGCAAAACGAUUUCGGCAACUUUUACAGUGGGAUCCACCAUCUUUCUCAGCUCUACUGGCUCUUCAGUUUCUCAACAAAAAAGAAUAUGCCGGCGAACCGCUCAGUUCGGAUGCAGCAGUGGACAAAUUACGUGGCACAAUAACAAGUGCACUCAAGGAUCAUUGCUGUGGCUCCUCUCCACCACACACGAAAAAAUUACAAACGAUCAUUGCUCAAGUAAGUUAA